GAGAGGCGAGUGUGCCGCGGCUGGUCUACUUGUGGUGCGCUGUCCUGCGAAGUGCCAGCCCGGUGGCGAAACCAAACGAGCGGGGACACAUGUGAACAACAAGGAAUAUGGCAGGCGCGAAAUCGGGCGUUCACGUGCUCCAGCUCAAGCCCAUCUGUGUGUCCAAGAGCCUGCAAGAGGGCAACAAAUUCGUCAAGUGGGACGACGACUCGGCGCUGGGCACGCCGGUAACGCUGCGAGUGGACAAGAAUGGAUUCUUCCUUUACUGGACGGAUCAGAACAAGGAGACCGAGUUCCUGGACAUCUCCAGCAUCCGGGACACGCGCACGGGGAAGUACGCCAGGACGCCCAAGGAGGGCAAGCUGCGCGACUCCGUGUCCAUGGGCGCGCCGGACGUGCCACUGGAGGAGAAGACGGUGACGGUGCUGUACGGGCCUGACCUGGUGAACGUGAGCGCCAUCAGCUUCUGCGGCACGAGUCGCGAGGUGGCGCAGCUGUGGAGUGACGAGCUGCUGAGCAUGGCGUACAACCUGCUCUCCCUGAACGCGCCGGCCGCCACCUUUCUGGAGAAGGCGCACACCAAGCUGCUGCUGUGCACCGACCGCGAGGGUCGGCUGCCCGUCAAGAGCGUGCUGCGCAUGUUCGCCCAACACCGGGACGACCGCAAGCGCGUCGAGCGCGCACUCGAAGCUGUCGGGCUGGCCGCCGGCAAGAACGACACCGUGGCGCCCGAGCGACUCUGCCUCGAUGUCUUCCUGCGAUUCUACCGGCAUCUAGUGGGCCGCCAGGAGGUGGAUGCCAUCUUUGAACGCCUCUGUGGUGGUUCCAAAAAAAAAGCAAUGACGGUCGACCAGCUAGUGGACUUCCUCAACAAGGAACAGCGAGACCCAAGACUUAAUGAGAUACUCUACCCUUACGCUAACCCAGCUCGCGCCAGAGACCUCAUAGCCCAGUACGAGCCAAACAAGAGCUACGUGGCCAAGGGUCUGUUCUCUGUGGAUGGCUUCUUGCGUUACCUCAUGGGAGCCGACAACCCGAUCGUGUCACCAGAGAAGUUUGACCUGAGCAUGGACAUGGACCAGCCCCUGAAUCACUACUUCAUCAACUCGUCGCACAACACUUACCUCACUGGACAUCAACUCACUGGCAAGUCGUCAGUCGAGAUGUAUCGCCAGUGCCUGCUGGCAGGCUGUCGCUGCGUGGAGCUCGACUGCUGGACUGGCCGAAACUCAGAUGAGGAGCCCAUUGUGACGCAUGGCUACACGGUGGUCACCGAGAUCCUUCUGCGGGAGGUGAUCGAGGCCAUUGCCGAGAGUGCCUUCAAGACCUCCGACUUCCCCGUCGUCCUGUCCUUCGAGAACCACUGCUCGCCCAAGCAGCAGGCCAAGAUGGCCACCUACUGCCGCAAGCUGUUCGGUGACAUGCUGGUCACCGAGUCGCUGCCGUCGCACCCUCUGCGUCCGGGGCAGCCCCUGCCUUCGCCCAAGCAGCUGCUGCGCAAGAUCAUCAUCAAGAACAAAAAGAAGCACCACCACGCACGACAUCACCCUCAUGCAGGCGGAGCCAAGCCAUCUCCGGCUGCCUCUUCGGCUGCGGCUACGGCUAUGGCUGCGGCCACUGCUGCUGCUGCAGCACCAGUCGAAGAGGAGGAUGAUGAUGUCUCGUCCCCACUGGACCUGGCUGCCGUCCCACAGAUCGACACUGGAGAGGUGAAUGGCGAAGCCAAGGGCAUUGGCUCGGAGGCUGAGGAAUGGGAAUCCGACUCUGGCACGGAAGAAGAAGAGGCCCCGGACCGGUCGGCUGAAGAUCAGAAUGAAGGCACCGCUGCAAAGGAGUCCGAGGCUGUUGCGGAAAUGUCUGCACUCGUAAACUACAUUCAGCCGGUGCGGUUUCACUCCUUCGAGCACGCCGAAAAACGGGACCGGAGUUACGAGAUUUCAUCGUUUGUUGAAACCCAAGCCACAAACUUGCUCAAGGAACACCCUGUAGAAUUUGUCAAUUACAACAAGCGCCAACUAAGUAGAAUAUACCCAAGUGGUACACGUGUCUCCUCCAGUAACUACAUGCCUCAAGUAUUUUGGAAUGCAGGCUGCCAACUUAUAGCGUUAAACUUUCAAUCUCUAGAUCUAGGAAUGCAGCUGAACCUGGGAAUUUUCGAGUUCAAUGGACGCAGUGGGUACCUGCUCAAGCCAGACUUCAUGCGGAGGGCUGAUCGCAAGUUCGAUCCCUUUACGGAGUCCACAGUUGAUGGCAUUAUUGCCGGCACUGUCUCCAUCAGGAUCAUCUCUGGACAGUUCCUGACUGACAAGCACGUGGGCACGUAUGUGGAAGUGGACAUGUUCGGCCUUCCAGCUGACACUGUACGGCGGCGCUUCCGUACGCGCACAGUGCCAGCAAAUGGCAUCAACCCUGUCUACGAUGAAGAACCGUUUGUCUUCAAGAAGGUCGUUCUCCCAGACUUGGCUGUGCUGCGCAUUUCGGUGUGCGACGACAGCGGGAAGCUGCUGGGGCACCGCAUCCUGCCCGUGGUGGGGCUACGUCCGGGCUACCGGCACAUCUCACUGCGCAACGAGUCGGGCCAGCCGUUGCUGCUGCAGACGCUGUUUGUGCACGUCACCGUCAAGGACUACGUGCCUGACGGCCUGUCGGAGCUGGCGGACGCCCUGGCUAACCCCAUCAAGUACCAGUCCCGCAUCGAGAAGCAUGCCACGCAGCUGCGUGCCCUCACCGACGACGACCUGGAUGAGGCAAGAGCUGCCUGCACAGUGUUUUUGAUUGCUGCAAAAGUAACAUUGCUGCUCGAAUGUGCUGGUGUUGGCAGCAUUGAGCUUUUACUUCAUGUGUGGAGUGCUAAUUCAUCUGAAAUAGAAGAGGUGUCAGCCAGCCUCCUCUUUUGCUACGUCGAAUCAAUAAUGCUAUUCCUUGAGAACAGAAACCACAAGAGUGCUUUACAUUUUCAUCAGUAUGCCACUCCUGCGAGUGAAAGCCGCAGCCCUUUGCAGGCAGCGGCCCCGCAAGUGAAACCUGAGGCAUCCGCGGCUGCCUCUGCACCUCAGCCGCCGCACCAACAAGUCUCCACAUCGGCUGCAGCUCCUUCCACACUGGGCGCGAGUGCGGAGUCUCGAGUGGUCACCACUAUGGAUUCCAUGGAUGGCGGGCUGCCACCCUCGGCGCUCAAUGGUGGCAUCCAGCGGAGCCCUGCUACUAACUUGGCCAGGCAGGACACACUGAACCGCAAGCUGGACCAAACAGUACGAAGCCUAUCAGACGAGGGCAGCCAAGAAAAGACCCUGUCAUUAUUGGAGUCUGCUGAGGCGAACCUGUUGGCCGAGCCCCUUGGCAAGCUGCGGGAGCACAAAUCGGUGCUCAAGGUGCAGGCCAAGCUGGAGAAGGAACUGGGAGGCGUGCGCAAGCGCUUCGACAAGCUGCGCGAGAAGGAGCGCGAGGGACAGGUCCAGCGGGCCGACAAGCUGGCCCAAGCUGCCGAAAAGCACCGUGCCCAGCUCUCCAAGUCACACUCCAAGCUGGGGAAGAAGUUCUCAUGUGGGGAUGUCACGGCACUGAAACAACAGAAUGAAUCACAGAUCCAAACGUUGGAUGCUGAGCACAAAGCAAAGAAAGAGGAACUGCAGCAGAGCCACAACCUAGCCAUGAUGAACAUCACCAAGGAGCAGUACCGAGCCGAAAUGGACAUUCAGCAGAAGUACAUGGAAUCGCUGUUCGGUGCCAUGGAAAAAGCAAUGCAAGCCUCUCAAGCGGCACAGAUGCAGAUCCUGCAGAGCCUCCAUGACAGGGAGGUGAGUGAGCUGAUGAAGCGACUAGAAGCACAGACCAAAGAGGAGAUGCGCAACCUCAACAAAAAGCACAAGGACAAGAACGAGUUGGACAGGAUAAAACGAGAGCUGCAGCAGAAGAUGAUUGGUGAGGCUGUCUCGGAGCGACAACGGAUCAAAAGCCUGCUGGACAGGAAGAAAGCAGAGCUGGAAAGGCAGCACGAGGAAGUGCGCAAAAGCAUGGAGGAAGAAAAGAGCCAGGCCGUGCAGAAGUACAACCAGGAGUACGAGCGCAAGUGCAGCGAGCUGGACAGCUCGCUCAGCGAGAACCCGACCAUGUUUGCCAUCGCUGAGCCGAGUGACCUGCGACGCCAGAGCACUGCCCUCUAGCCACACCCGCAGUGGCGCAAGAUCUCUCCGCACACCGGUGCCUCAACGGGAAGGGGCGGCGGUUCCCACCCCUCCGCACACCUUUCCUCCUUCUCCCAUCACUCGCCACUAGCCAUGGUGAUUCUGUGAACGGGUGAUACGCGACAAGGACGCACCCGAGGAGGUGUCCCAUUCCGAACAAACGCCCAGCAACACCCCAGUGACUUUCUCCCGCUAGCACGACCUGCAGCCCUCCCGACCGCACUCAAAGGGUCAGGUGAUGGAGACCAGGCACCCGAUGACAGCCUCCUCGAGGGCCAGCCAACCAAACCGCUCUGCAACAGUGUCAAAUCUAAGCCAGUUGACACUGUCAGCCGAGUCAUAAAACAACCUGAAAGUAUGUGGCACACCUCUCCUCAUGUUUGCGAUGGGCCACUAUAGUCAUAGUGCUGAAGCACUGUGUUGCUUUUAGACCAUUUGAAAUUUAAUGCUGUCGACAGAUGACUCUCUGCUUAGGUUUUCACUGCUAUAAACAGUUAGGGAGAGCCUCCAAGCAAGCCUUGAAAAACCUGUACUCUGUUAUUCCAUACUAGACUGGACUAAAUAGACUAGCAUGGCUCCAAAGAGCAGCAGCUACACAGUAUUGUGUAACCGUGUUACUUCAAGGUUUUCAUAGGUCCAUAGUGUUGGUGACACACUUUGUGCUCAAGUUGAAAUGUUGAAUGGAAAGAAUGGAGACAUCAAAAGUAUGUUCCUUCUGUUGCACAUUAUAAGAAAUGGAGAGAUGUGUGGUGCCUCACCAAAUUAUGGACAGCAACAGCUUUGGUUCUCAAAUUUCAUGAAACUCCGCUGAACAAUCAGCGGCAGCAUUGAUACAAAGCCUUCCAGCACUGCAAUGUGUCCACUGAAUUCUGCUGUAAAGUUUCUAUUCAAUCGUUUUCUGCUCUUGCAUUAAGCAAUCCUAAAAUUGCCGCUAUUGCAUGCUCACAUUUGCUUGAAAUCAUCAUGAUCUUCGAAUCUGAUUCAAAACAGGCAUUCAAUGCAGCUUUUAGUGUUUAAAAAGUAUUUCACAAUGUGUGCUAACUUACAUGUUUGGGACAUAGUACAAAUUUUCAUAUUAACGAAAAUCCUAUUAAUCAGGUUGUGAUGCUUCCUUUGCUCACCACCAUCUGUUUUAGGCAGUUCACUCAACCUUAAUUAUUCCUUGGGCAUCCUUUUGCAUCCUUGUUCACACAUCAAUCCCAAUGACAUACACGGUGUACAAGCUGACAUACUUUAUGAUGGCAGUGUACUUGCUCACUGCUAAUGAAUAGAAGAAAAUUGUUUUUUCGAACAACAUGCAGUGUUAAGCACAGUUUAAAGUAUUGUUUAUUGCCCCCGGCAUCUUUUCGGUCAUCAAGCUUUCCUUGGCAUAAGGAUAUUCCACGUUCAAAAACCUAUUUUUAUCAACAUCUGUGGCAUGCCAUAGUAAGCACUUUUCAUGUGUCAUCCUGAUAGAAUCUCCCAGUAUCUUAUGGCUGAUUAGUGCUCAAAUUUUGCACAGAAGUGGCAUAUUGUGUACAAGCAGUUUGAUACCAUGCUUAAGUGCAUUACUUGCCUGUUUCACCCUGAAUAAGAAUCAUGAUUUUUUGGCGAAAAUGCUAGACAAAAAAAAAAGCACAUUCAUGUAGUUGCAACUGGACCACGGUGCCAUCUGUCAUCGAUGCUUUUCUUUAUGACAGUGAGAGAUGGCGCCACUGUUCUGUUCCACGAAUUCUAUAUUUUUUGUCAGGCGUCACCACAGGCGACACGUACUUCUGAUUUAUUUUAGACGCAACAGGCAAGUAAUGUGCCACUUUGUGUGGCAUGCAUGACGAAAUGCCGCUUCUAUGCAAAAUUUGAGUGUGACUGGGUCUGUGAUCUAGCUGGAAGAGUGUCUUAUACCCGGCACUUCUGGUGUUUGCAACAUUCAGUGAUGUUGUCAUUUACCAGAAGCAAGUGAAUAAGAUGAACUGUCCUGUGCAGCUGCUGCUCCGGUGCCAUCACAGUCAGCCUGCAAAGGAGGCUUUGUCAGCAUUAAGGCUUGUCUGCCAGUCAUCCUUGCCUUUCACAGUGUCUUCAUUCCUUUGCCUUAAAUGGCCAAGUGGUGGCAGGGCUCAGCAGACCCUGCUGAGCAGUGACUGCCCUCACUUCCAGAGAAUUCCAUGAUUUUACCCACAUUGCCAUGGCCUCAUGUUAGCCGUCAUGAUGAGAUGCUGCAAAGCUUGUAGCUUCCGCGUUUUAACUGCUGGCAUGCGCACUGACACGGUGGCAGCACAGUGUCAACAUUUUAUGCAGCACACAUUAGCGUGAAUCUUGAUGCCAUGUUGUUAUGCCACUUGAGACACCAAAACAAACUGCACAUCACUGCUAAUCAUCUACUGAUAGCAGCUGUGCUUGCUGCAUUUAUUGUGGUCUUGUACAGUCGUGAUUUGGAGAUUUCUCUUAUUCUGUGAUCAUGUAACAUUUAACGAUUGCAUCACUGUCGUGUAUCUAAUUUCUACAUUGAAGACAUUGUUUUGACAAACAUUCAAUUCAAACAGUUUGAUGACUGCUGCUUCGUCAGUUAUAUGUGGUGUGCAUGUAUUUAAUCUGCCGUUAUUGGUUGGUUUUUAUGCUUUGCAUUAGCUGAUAAGACAAAUUUCAAACUACUGCUUAAAAAUGUGCUAAAGUAAUCUGCUCUCGAAGAAAAAGGAAAAAAAAGAUAUUGUUCAUCUGCUGUCUGGUGGUGCACUGCUGCGCGCAUCCCAUGACUACACUCUCUGGCCUCACACAUUCCACUUCCUCUCCCAUGCAAGCAGACCACCAGACGUGUCCACUCACACGCACUCAGCUUUUCGCUUUGUCCAGUUGGUGUUUGCAAAGCCCACUGCAGUGUAGACUAGUUGCAUGCUUCACUUGUUGUGCUCUUAUUGCUGCAGUUUACAUGUCGUUUGCAAGUGGGCACAGAGCAAGAUGGCUAGCUGCUUGAAGGAACCCUGGAUUUGUUGAGCAGGUUGCUUAGAAAGAAAGCAGGGUUAGUGCAGCCAUAACUUAUUAUGCCAAAUAGUUAGCCCAAACAAGAAAGCAGGGUAAAAAAGUGUGCGGCUGUAUUAUUGCACCGAGAUUUCAAGCUGCUUGUAGAACUGACUCCAUGUUGUAGAAUUCACUUUACAUGCUCUGUGUAUUCCCUUGAAGUGGUAUUAAUUGCGCUUGUGCACUCGAGGCUGCAUGCUCUUUCGGGGCAUACCGUAAUGAUUUCAGGGUUUUUGUAGGUAACAGCGGACAUUGCUCAUGCUUGGUAGCUUGACUCAACAGGGAUACUGUGUACUGCAAUGCCAAUCUAGGAGUCCUUUGAUAGGCUGCCUUCUGUGCUGUCACGUCACGCACGUUCACUCGCACACUGACUGGGUCGCAGCAUCUUUAAUGAAAACUAUUCCGUCAUUUGCUGCUCUGUUCAGUGUAACAUUUCACUAUGAAUUUCAGAAGGGCUCACUACAGCUGUUCGUAGCAUUGAACAGUGGCAGGAUUAUUCGUCGUGCUUAGAGAAGGGAGUUAUCGUAAACACAUGUGCUCGGUGUAAAAUGUGUGUAGGCACGCGUAAAUAAUUAAUAUGCUUCCAUGGCACAAGUGCUGCUCGGACUUCAAAAGGCCGUGCCCACCUGCAGCAUAGUGGUCGACAUAUGCGCCUUUGUCACUCUAAAUUUGGAGACAUACUGCGCAACAAGUUCUGGUUUAAUUUAACAUGGCAGGAAUUACACUAUCAUUCCGACUUGGUUUUUAGAUCUUUUGUAUGUUUCUAAUGAUGUCAGCAUUGGUUGCCUUAAACAUGAAGCAACGUAUCCCACAGUAUUAUAAUAACAUGCAGGUUUCUAAGAUAAUAAAUAAUCCAUGCUACUUUGUUCCUGAAGUGGUAGCCAAAUUUUCAUUUAGCCAUUUUAAACAUAUGAAAUCCAUGUUGCUGCUCGUAGCACUUGCAAUACCGUAGUGGUUGUUUUUAGCAUGGAAGAAAAAGCUAGAGGCCGAAAGAUUAUUUCACGCUUCCAGUGUGACAAAAUGCAGAAGGAAGAUGUGACAUGAUCACUGACUUGGUCUAAUGAGAAUGUGAGAGUGCAGCUGUAGCAAUGAAAGAGUAAGGUGUGUGCUUUGUGCUGUGAAGUUCAUGCAGUGUUGUACAGAAAAAAGUAUUUUGAUCAUCACAUUAGUGUUAGAUUACAGGAUCAUGACGUGUAAGGCUCAAGCAUUGUGAAUAGCGUACACGUUAAGUUCUGUUAAGUUCCUUGUUAAAGAAACUAAUAGUUUCCAUUGUAAAACCAUCCAUUACUUUGUCAAAGGAGGGUUCGCAGAUCUGCCUAGAUUCUUGAAGCUUGUUUUUUGUUUAUUCCUUGUUUACUCCUAGUCGCGUGACGCGUGCAUGCAGCUGCCGCCGCUUCUUUCUUUCUCUCUCGGUCUCGCUCACUGGGCUUGGCUGGUGCACACGCCUGCCGACCUUGGUGGCUGCUGCUGCUUCCCCGGUCCCUUUCGUCGCGCAAGUGGCAUGCGGCGUCCUUGAUUUCUCAGCGACAUCAUCCAAAUGAUUCCGGUCUACAGCCAACAUGCUAACGUAGAAACUGUACAAAAAAAAAAAAACACAAUAACUCGCACCAAUUUAAUCGCUGAACUCGAUGACAUACCCUGAAGAAAAACUCCAAGACAUUACUCGCAGUGCAAAACUCGGAAGGACCGCUCAGCGGCAUUCAAUUGGCCAUUAAUGCUUUCGCGUUCACAACUCGUAAGAAGUGCCUCGAAAUAAACUAAGGAGCUGUCAGUCAGCACAAUUAUGUGUCAAUGUUUCCUGAGCUGUGAGAAACAAUCGGUGAGCACAUCAGCAAUUUAGACGUAUUCUCUUGAAAGCUGUAGUAGAACCAUCCAUUGAUUUGCAUUUGUUGACAUUGCCUGCUUGACUAGCUCUUACAUUUCCAAUUCACUCGUCUGUAUGAAACUUAAGCUGCUCUGCAAAAACACAAGGACAGAGCCACAGGAAACGGACAGGUUGGAGUGCUGUAUCUUAAUUGAUUGGCAGUGUCUGUUUGACAAUGAGCCAAAAUUUCAUGGGUGCUUUAGCAUGAAGAAAGUAUGUAAUCAUAAUUGUUGUCUUAGUCUCUUUGUGGUACAAUAAUAUUAUUGUUUAUAUUUGGUGGCCAUCAUGUUAAAGAAGAAAGUUGGAACCCUGUGAUCUGUCCUGUCUGUUUUUGUUUCCAUGACUCUGUCCUUGUGUUUCAGCACAUCAGGUUGAGUUUUGUAGGUAUGAGCCACCUAGGACCAUGAAUGUUGCUCAUCAACAUGUCAAGUCACAACUUGCUCUUGUGAAGUGAUGGGAGGCACCAUAAGAUAUGUGCAUGGCUUCAAGUUCACUCUGCUGAUCUCUUUGUGCGGCGUGUAUCUGGGUGAGUCAAAAUGGAGCGCAGGAACCCAAGCCUAUAUCUUGUUGAUCUAUAGACAUUGCUACUUUAAUUGUGCCAAAGGCUUCUUCAAACAUUUUGCUGGCUUGAGGACAUUUUGACUUCAAAGAUGGCAGAAUAUUUUGUUGUUUCCUCGUAAAGUUUUAUGGCAACCCAUUGCAAGUUUCAUCUCUGAAGCAUUUUCUUGGUGCCAAAGGACAUAAUCUUGGUAAAAUUAAUUAACUUGUUUUAGGUACCAAGAAACAAGUAUUACUGCAUUGAAAAGCAGGGUCCUAAAAUUUUUUGCACUUGUUGUCUUGUUUGUUUCCACGUGACAAAAAGUGCACCAGAUAUUUUGUUGUCUGAAGCAUGAAUGUUGUGAUCGAAGGUUUGUUAUUGUUGUAAAUUGUAGAUUUGCCGGAACCACCAGCACUAACAAAAAUGGCACAGUGAGAUUUUGCGAUAAGUGUUUUCAUAGCUACUUCCGAAGAUGUAGGAGACUUAAAUGCAUGCUUAUAAUACAUGUAAAGAAGGGCUUGUCGGCUGCGAUGACUUGGCCAUGCAUGCAUCUAGAUCAAGAAUGGCACCCAUGGCAGCACCUGAGCAAUCCAGCAUUCCUUUGCACACAAACCUUGGCAGAAAUGCAAGGGAACCGCAAGUUAAACGAGGAGGCGCAGUUUAUUUUUACAAUAGUCAGUGGGGGAAUGUUGGAGGAGCUCCUCCCACAAAAGUGGGGUGUGCCUCGGGGCCUCUGCAUUCACGAAAAAAAAAAUUGUUUAUUCCAUGGACCAGAGGCUCAGCAACAAUGAACUUACCUCAGUUAUGCAUGAGUCAAGGUCAGCGAGUGGAGGGACAAAGAAGGCAGCUCACAGCAUAAACAGAUGCGCUGUAAUAAAUUAUUACUGGGAACUCAGAAAAGGGAUUAGCGAGGCACUACUUGAUGUUGUCAGUGGUCCGGAGGCACUGCAGCAUAGAAGCAUCUCAGGGUGCAUUGCAAAAGGUGAAACUGAUCCUUUUACUGAGAACACCCACGCAGUCUGGUGGCACCUCAGUGAGGCAAAGCUGGUGCUAUGAUUAGCAGGGAGAUGGCAAGAAAGCUUUCCAGCAGAACAUGGACAGACGGCACACCACACUUCAGACCGUGUCAGUGCAUUCUGCUCGUAAGAUUUCUUGCUGCGACGUGCAACCAACGAGCUCAGGCAAACACUGCCCUCCAGCAAGGAGAUGGAUCGGGAGAGAAGCGAGGUGAUUUGCCUGCACAAGAAUGCAUGUUUUCUUUGAGGAGCAUUUGCCACUCCAAUGUUGCCCAGUCACUGUACGAUCAUAAAAUUUUUUUAAAUUACAUUGGGUAGCACAUUUAAGCGCAGCAUUAUUCAUCGCAGGGACAGGGAGAAGACAGUGUAGAACGUACCCAUAUUGUAGUUGAGAUCAGGGAAAUAAACUUGGGUUAAAGUAGACAAGAGCAUGACCAAGGGAAGGACAUUAUGAGAUCAGGGCACGAGGGUGACACAGCUAAGAUGUACUACAACAGUGCAUGCAAGGCCAGUUGCGCCAUGCUCAAAACAUUUCAGUAGGAGGGGCGAGGUACAUGUGCAUCUUGGAUAUACAGAUAAUGAACGGGAAUUUUCUAGAAUUGAGCUGUCAGCUGCUUUGUGCUGUAGGCCCUGUUCCUGUUGUUGCACUCUCGCAUCUUUACAAAACUGCCUGCUGUCUGGCACAAGUGCAUCCAUAUUCUGACACUUCUAAGUUUACGGAAACAGAUGACACACGAAACGCAUUAGGAUAGAAAUUUGAGAAAGAAAAUGCUCAGGUAAAAGGCACGAAAAUGAUGACACAUAGAUUGACACACACAAAACACAAAGUUUGUCUAUCUAUCUGUGUGUCAUCGUUUUCACAUCUUUUACCUGAACAGGAGCUCAAUAAGGGCAAGCAGAAAGCCAAGCUGCUAGUGGAUAGAAAGGCCACAGGUUAUCCGUUAUAUCCACAACGUGGCUGAAAGGCAACAACGCAUGUGCACGUGUGCAUCUGUGUCGUACAUGCACCCGUGUUGUUUCGUCCACAUGUGUUUUCAUGUGCUUGAAGACCAUAAACCAACUUUCUCCAGAAGUGUGGCAUUUUAAGUGCAUGCAUUUUUCCUGCGACAUUGAUAGGAGACUUGCCUGCAGACCUCAGUUGCCUGCUGGCUGAGACAUUCUGAAGCACAGAGUCACCAGAUUGUUGGCAUUGUUAGAUUCAGAGCAUUGCUUCAUAUCUCGCACGGUUUCUCUUCCCAGGUGUGUUAAUCACACAAUAAGAUGUUAUAUAUUCUUAAUGCACAGAUCUUGAAGCACACCAGUGCCCAAAUAAACAAACCCAAAAAAAGGGAAAAAGCAGACAGGACAGCGCUUCACUCACAAGUGAAAAUUUUUACUGGACACAAAGACAAUACUAUGAGCAGUUACUCAUUUUCUUGCGCUUGCACAGCAAAGCAUAGAAACAGCAGGUUAUAUCAUCCGAACCACCUGUCACAGAAUUUAGCUUACUCCGCAAACAAAAUACAGGCAACUGCUAAUUAUCAAAGUAGGCAAACUUCUCAUACCGUUGUUGGGAUAUUUCCCAAAUUAAUGGUACAUUACACUGCUGUUCCAUCUAGAGACACGUGGCACAGAUGCUUAUGACUUGCUACUCAGGAGCUCCUCUGUCGUGCUGUGGCAUUGUGCUGCUAAGCACAAAGUAAAAGAACUGCAAUAGCCUGUCAAGAGAACACUCAGCCUCUAGAAUCUAGGCCACUUACUCACAGGGUACCCUGAACAUGAGAAAGAAACUUGUUCAGAAGAAUAAAAAUGGGCAGGCAUUUCGAAAUCAUGAUCGGCAGCUUACUGCUAUCCUUAGAAAGAAAAGUAUACAAUCCUGGCAUUCUACUGGUACUAUAGGGAGCAGGAACUUGGAGAUUAACAAAGAAGCUUGAGAAAAAGUUAAGGACUGUGCAAUGGAGUAAUGGAAAGAACAGUGUUAGGCAUAAUGUUAAGAGACGGGAAGACCUUGAUGUGGAUUAGAAUGCAAACAGGGGUAGCCAAGACAUUAAGAGGAAAAAAUGGAGCUGGGCAGGCCAUGCAAUGCAUAGGGCAGAAUUAGACCGUUACAGAAUGGGUGCCCAGGGAAGGGUGGGCUCAUCAAACUGGGAAGUGUGGAGACACAACUUGCAAGCCAGAGGUAAUUGGAGAUCCCUGGGAGGAGAGGCCUUCGUCCUGCAGUGAAAAAAAUCCCAGGUAGUCCGAAGUCCUCCACAAUGAUGUGCUUCAUAAUUAUAUUGUGUUUUUGGCACGUAAUACCCAAUUAAUUAACCUGCAUAGUGUAGCUCCUUUUUUUUCUUGUUUGUGGUCAUUUUCUUGCACGGUGUUAACAUGUCCUUAAGCAAGCACCAACUAGCCCAACUCGUCCUCUUGCAUAAUGAAGGCUUUGUGGAAAAGUAACUUCAACACAACGCAAGGCACAAAUCAUUAUACGAUAACGAUCAAAAAGAACACUAAAUACACUGAUGAUGACAAUGAACUUCAACAGAAUUCACGGCAAGCCUGGAUAUCUUGAAACUGGUCGUAGGAUGCUUACUAAGUAUAAACACUCCUUGAGAACUCAACAGCUUCGAUUCCAUAAAUGCAACAUGCAGAAUAGAUGGGAACUUACAAAGCUGAUUUCUGGCACCACAGAAUGAAUGGGCAGUAUAAGUCUGAUGUUGAACGGCUAUUGGCCCUACUUAUAAAGAGAAGCUUUACUAUUGUUGCACAUUUCUGAUGUUUGCCAGUGCCUGCGAAUUUUGGUCAGCAAAACUUAUUUUUGUCUUCAAUUGUCCAUCUUUAAUUAAGUUGAAAACAGUCAAUGAGUUAACUGGCACACAUAUAAGAGCAGUACCAAUUGUUCACCAUCUGCACAGUUGUUCACUAUUUAGUGUAAAUGUACUUCUGCGGUGUGUAAAUAGUCUGUGUGCAGUUCUCCUUUGUUUAUUCAAGUACUCUCUGAUGAGUAUGGAAGUUACCAAUGAGUAUUAUACUAUUUGCUUGCUGACAUACAAAUACUCAGCGCAACAAUAAACAUGUUUAACUAGAAAACACACGUGCAGGUGAUUGGACUUGUUUUAAAUUUUACCUGUUGGGAAAUACUGAAAGGCAGCGAGUGCCAAAUACUGGCAGUCAAAGUCGGAGUCAUGAUUUUUUCAAAAUUGACUGUCAUUUUAUUUCACAGUGUACUUUGAUUGCUAUGAACAGUGGUAGAACAAGAAACGUCACUGGACCGAACAUUUCGACAAGGCGACUUGUAUUCAUUGGGGCAGCAACUGUUGUGAUAAUCAAACAACACUUGUUAAGUACACUAGGCAGGAAAUAAUGUCAUGGCCCAAUGAAGAAUGCAUAACAUGAAAUCACCAUGUUUGGUGGGAAUGACAGUCAUCAUUGCAACCUGGGGUGAGAUCACGCAUUCUCGCAUCUCGCUUUCCGAACAUUCACUCCGCUUCCUACAUGAUUGAGUAAGUGGCGUUUAAUUUGCACUUCUGCCUCACUGUGCAGACAACCGCUGAUUAAAGCAUGGCACCGGCGAAUCACGAGCACGCAAGUGGAUGUUGAAAAAGUGAGAUGCUUGCGCAAUCUCGCCCCAGGGUAAUUCAUUGUAUUUCACGCACACAAAAAUAAUACUAAGUUAAAUACUAAACAAUACUAAAGAAUACAAAAAGAAUAAUAAAGAAAAGUUAAAUUGGAUGCUAUUGGUGCAUACACACUGAAGUACGUAGUUUGACCACUAUGAUGCACAGUAGCAUGUGUGCAAAUGGAAAGCACUGUUGUGGCUUAUGGUUUGCCAUCACAUACUAAAUUGAUGUUUAGCACUAACUGAUUCAUUUUAUUGCCCAAAGUGUUUUACUAAUGGGCUUUAAUGGGGCUUGAACAGGACGAAUCAUUUGUAGCUCUGUGAACAAGUUACUAAUAGUAAGUAUCUGAACUGUUAGCCUGAUAUAGGGCCCGCAAGAACAACUACUAUUACAUAACUAGGGCUCAAAAUGUUCUUCAAACAAUGAGUUGAGCUCAUUAUCAACAUUAAACAUUGUGUAAAAGAAUGCACAAGAAGAUGACAAAACUGAGCCUAAAAAGAUCUAAAAGCAGUAUCACACGUGUUUUGAGUCGAGUAAACCAAGACCUGCACUUUCCAUGAUUGAUGAGUGAUUGCAGCAUGGGACUGCUCUUUAUAUUUUUGUAUGAAAGCUGGUAGAUUACCAAAUGUUAAUGCUAUGCUUAGCACCUAUUUGGCACAGAACACACAUAGUAACAUUUAUUUUGGUGCAGUGCAGAAAGCCAGUGACUAUUAUUAAGUGCACAUACCUGACUGCAAAUGCAUUAUCUUAUGGAACUAUAAGUGCAUCAACUCAGUGUAACUGAUACACAGGAUAAAGAGUUCAAUGUCAGCAGCAUUGAAAGGUAGCUAUGUUCAUGCAGUGUUAUGUAUUGAACUAAUUAACUAGGCCAAAACAACGCCAUAAGGCGCAGUGUGGCUUAAUUGUGCGAAGAAAGUUUCUGCAAAUAAGAGUUAGAUAUGGGAACACCAUAUCUGGUUUUUAUUUUAAUAUUUAGUUGAUCCAUCUUUAUUUUUUUUUUUGUAGGUGCUGCAUUCAUUGCAUUCUAUUGUUACUGUUCUCGCCCGAGGCGCAGUGGUAGCACUCCUUGAAGCACUGUACCCUUGGCAACUGGCUGCCAUCCCACAUGGCCCCACUGUAGAGGUUGCCUUAGCAUGUGUCCUAUCAUGAAGCCACUAAGUAACCAUAUAAAGGACAUUGAGAAUUUGCUAUAACAUGGUAAAUACAGCACAUUGCACAGUCAUGAUGCAGGCUUUUCAGGCAAUUGAGUUAUCAUGUGGAUUAUACGCUUUAUACUUGGCUUAAAGGGUCACCACCAUUAAUGCCUCUUUAGCCAGAAGUGAAAGGAAUUACUUCAUGCCAAAUUUAAAUGCCUUCCUCUCAGAUAUGUGUAGUAUGCACAAUUGAUGCUGAUGUGCUGAUGUGAUAUCAUGUAGAAAUCAUUAGUGACAAGCCCUAUGUCUGUAAAAGAAAAACAAAAAAAAUGUUCCUGAUGGCCGAUUACCUUGCUUUGUUCUGCAGGCAGAGAACGGGCUAAACAGAAUAAUUCAUAGUUCUCUUGAAAGGCUUAUGCUUGAUUUGGCUUUUCAGUCUUGGCUGCGGUGACUGCCACAGGAAAGCGAAAGCCUACCAUUGCUGGCAUUCAGGUUUGAUUAUUAGCACACCGAUGUGGACUCAUUUAGGACUAACAGCGGCCGGUAUCUUAUAUGUAUUUUAAAUAGGCUUGUAAAUAGGCUGAAAUGCUAGUGAGUGUGAUUGUUGCAACAUAACCUUGCUUGGUUGAUGCCAAGGAAGUUUUGAAAGCACUAUUGAAAUGAAACAUGCACUCACGAAGUAAAAAAAUACAGAUUUUGACAUUUCUGGGCCCAUGUAUUUGUUCCAUGUCAAAGGGCUCCCGAAGAAAGACUUGUAGAUAAACCUCUAUCUAUAAAAACCUUUGCCAAUGAGUACUUAACAGAGCUUUUAAGACGUGAAAAAAAUAUAUACUUUUGAAGAAGGAAGAGGACAGACAGGGCACUUGCUAUCUUUGGACCUCUUUAUUCUUCUGUUUUCAAGCAUAUCGCUUUGCACCAUAAAAUCCACGUUAAGUAAGUCUGAACAAUUUGCGGAAGUUCUAUUACACAUGAAUUUUUUUUUGUCUUUGCAUUUUAUAACAUAGGCAGAUGGUUCACAAAACACACUACGAGGUCAACAGCGCAUUCCUGCAUUGCUUAACUUAAGUUCUGCCAGGAAGCAAAAUGAAACGGUCUCAAUUUCUUAGUCUACGUGCUGUCAUGCCUGACGUGCACACGGUGUGAUGCAUUCACCACAACAAGCAUGCACGAGCUAGCAGCUAACAUUCCUUGCAUGUUUUCACCCAAUGAAAUGAGUGCUGUUAAACAGCACGUGCAGCAAAAGAUGACUUUUCAACACAGCCACUGUCUUUGCCUCAAAGCAUGUGUGCCACCAUACGAGCCUUCUGGUUCAUACUGUGUUUCACUUGCCUGUUUCAUGCAGAAUAAGUAAGUUUGCAUCACUUCCAUUAGGGACAGACAAAAUGUGUAGAAUUUGGGGGAACAAAAUGGUGGCACCAUUUAUUAUUCGCAACUAUUACAGCGCAAAAUAUGAUGACGAAGGGGAGGCAUGAAACAGCAGGACCAUGCAAAUUAGAUUAUUGUUAGCACAAAACAACGUCUUGGUGUUACAACAAGAGUUGGUGCUACUGUUCCAUCCCCGCAAAUUCUAAACUUACCUGGCAUCACCACAGAUAGUGCACACUUAUGAUUUAUUCUGUACAAAACAGGCAGGUGAUGCAUUCAAAUAUGGACUGCAUGAACUGUGAAAUGCCACCUGCGUGUGAAAUUUGAGUGCCCACAAUCCAGUGAUUAUUCUGGUGAGUUGUGAAGAGCUGGCACUUCUACAUACACACACACACCAUUCCAUAGAAAACAGUAGCAGCAUGACAAUGCUUCGACUGUUUCCUCCAGUUUGAGGUGGCUUUUGGGAGUGCAGUUGGGUCAGUAAGCAUGAUGGCCCCCUGUAAUGUGCCACAUAUGGAUAUGUGCAGCACUAGGCAAACAAGGUUUCUCAAUGGCUAGGUCCAAAAGUGCAGUGGUUUUUACUUGUGGUUUGUUACUUGAAGCAUCGCUAGCAUAAUAUUCAGUAAUUGUGCUGCUCAGAGAUGCCUGCUUGCUGCAUUUGAUCUUGUCUGUUGCAUUAUUUGCUUAGCAGAUAUACAGCAGAUUUAGAAAACGGAAGAUUUUUAUUGUUGUUUAGUAGGUGUUAUGCGACGAACAUGACAACACUGGGUCUCGUUGCGUUCUUCUACACACACACACGAAAAAGUUAAAGCAGCCUUGUUGAAGCUUGGCAAAUGUCACAAUGCCACAAGCUUAGAAACAGGGUAAUAGCGUGAUCGCCCCAUCGCUCAUAUAUAUUAUUUGAUAAUGCAUCUAUUUCUUCUUGCAGAUUGUGCAACUCAUUGCCAUGUCCAAAUAUUGACUUUUGUGUUGAAGAUGUUGGCGGAUUUUUUGUGCUUACUGCAGUGCAUCAUUUUUUCCUUGUCACCUUUAGCUUCAAUCUCCACGGACUUCACAAACUCCACGGACUUCACACAUAGUUAGCUCAGAGUGCACAUUAGCCUUAUUGUAAUGAGGAAGGAAAGAGGUGGGAUAUAUUUACCAUGAUUAUAUACAAGAACAUAUUACAACACAUGGCGUAAUGAAUCCUUGCUCGAUACUGCUUCGUCAUCUUCAUUUGGUCACAGAGCUCAGCAUUUUAGUCGGCAUUGCUGAACUGACUGUUCCAAUCUGUUUUCACCUCUUACUUUCACCUGCACGCAUCAAGUGCACUUAUAAAGUCACAGUGAAGCUAUUUGGUCACUCACAAAGUGUGCCUGCCAAUUGUAGGGACGCCAGGAAGGUUUUUUAAGCUCAAUUGAUAAAGUACGCUUUUGGAAUAUACUAGAAACUUAAGUCUUAGCACGAGCAAACUCUUUGUAAGCUAGCAAGAAAAUGCAUAAACAAAAGAUGGGCUUGAUGUUACUGUGCCUCAUAAUGUCAUGAGAUUUGGGCAGUGUCUCUUCGGGACUAAUUAAUAGAUUAUUGAGAAACAAGGAUCACAUUGCAUUCUAAAAGAACCAAAGACAUAACUCAUUUAGUUUUGAGAACAUCUUUUUUAACAUAAAAAGGCCAGAACAUAACACAAAAAUACUUUCAAAUUCCUGAUCUCAUACUGAAGUAUCAGAGCUGUUGUCUGUCUGAGCACGAAAUUAAGAAAAUUGGAACUUUCAUUUUAUCUUCUCCACUAAUAAGGAGCCUCUUGCUACUUAAAAGAUGCAGAUUGAGUAUUUGAAAACUGUUUCAUCAAACUCAACUAAGUGCUGCUCUUUGGUGUCUCUUUAAUAGUAAUUUUGAAACUGAAAUGUUGCAACAGUGACCUUGUCUUCUGAAGCACUGAGAUCCAAAUCAGUUCCUUCUGCAUUAGCUCUCAGUACACUUGUCAACAUUAAAAGGCCAAACGUUGCUGAGCGUUGCUUGCACUUUUUUUAACACGUUGCUGCCUUUGAGGCCGCCAGAUUCCCAGCAAGAGAAUGCAUUGCAUUCUGUAGAUGUGGGGAGAAGUGCGGUGUGUUUUGAGAGGUGUCGUUUGUUACAAGAGUGAGCAUUGUGCAGGCUGUUUUAAGGGCUGCUGUUUUUGCAAUUGUUUCUACUGCAAUGUAACCGUUUUCACCGUGGCUGUGUCUUCCAUGUAGAAUUUAAUGUUGUGCAGGUGAGCUUUUGAAACAGCCUCACCCAGCUGAGGUGGCGCCACCUGUGGGUAAAGGAGCUUUAGAAAUUGCUCGAAACAUCUUAUUUUGUGGUAUGAAAUAGUGCAGUCAACACAACAUGUCAUCACGAUUAUUGGAAUUUUCCUCUCCUGCACCAAACUUGUGCGAGGGUUGCAAUUCAAGUCUUUGCAAUGAAAUUGGUGACACAUUUAUUGCCCCCACAGCCAUUUGGCCCUCUUCUAAAAAUUGGAGGGUGGUUACUGGUAUAUGAGAAUCGCAAAUUUGACGUCUCUUGCAGGAUUUACAGUAUUUAAUGUAAUUAUGUGCACAUGUCGAUAGGCUGAACAGUAAUGUUCAGUUUUGGCACUCAUAGUUUCGUUCACUUGAAAAUGCACUUGUUGUAAAUGGCUCUCCAGCGACUGAAAACUAAAUUGCACCAUGACAGUGUCUGUCCCCAUUUUCCUAGCCAGGGUGAAGCAAUGCAGAUGCACAUCUUACAAACUUCAUUGAAUGUGCCUGUUCUCCCAAGUUGUGGGCACAGCUGAGUGUUUGUGAAGUGGAACUGUGGUGUACUUGUCUGGCUUUGCAGCUUGGCGAUCAGUACUCUCUGCUAGUUAGUAGUGCCAUUGCUUAUUCCUGAUGCACCACACCUGUUUAUAUUGCAAAAGUAGGAAUUAGGUCCCGGUCAUCACAACCCACAUUGUUUUAUUCACUUCUUGUCACCUAUGACAGUGAUAGAAUACAAGCUUGCUCCACCCUUAAAAGUGUUUGGUGUUUGACCCGAGGAGCACUUAUCAAAUGGUCAAGAUACAAAACUUGCGAUGAAGCCAACUUCCAUGUUCAGCAGACACCUGCAUGUGCGGGAGGCUUCCCAUGUAUUGGUGUCCACACUGCUCUGUAGAGGCACACCCACGUCAGGCUACUAGCAGUAUGUUCUUACAUGAAAUGGGGGACUGGGGAUAUUGUUUUGGGUGGCUGGCUCACAUGUGAAACAGUGCACCAAUUUACUGUGAGCUUGGUUCUGUGCAUUCAUCUCCACCACCAUUAGAGUGCAACAUUCCGCUGUGUUGUUCAACAAGUGUCGCCGCCACACUAUACACGCACCUGUGUUAUUUGUCUGCACCAGUGGCACGUGCGUACAUGCCCCCCACCUGGCUCAGUUGCCAUGUCCUAAAUGUGGACCUCAGAGUGUGCUUUGUCGCAUUUGAGAAAUGAUGAGUUCUGUAAGCACUCCUAACUGCUUUUACAAAAUCAUUUUGGCAUAACAAAGCGAAAUCAUCUCACUUGUGAUUCACCAAAGUGAUGGUGUUGGUAAACAUGUCACUCAGCCCAAUUUCUCAUGUACAGAACAUAGCUCUAUUAACGCAAACUCGUGGAUUAUUCUAGUGGAACGCAUGUUCUACAUGCCAUGUGCUAGGUGACUAAGUUGCAGCAUGCUUCUUGUUAAGCCACUGCAGCAUAGAUGCGUUUCUCGAACAGUGGCCUGUCUCCAUGCAUCACAUAGCUUUGUUAUGUAGCACAAUAAACAGCCAUGUGCAUGAUAUUCAUUUCCAUGUUAUGGGAGCCAAGAACUAGAUGAGAGCUAGCAACUUCCAUGCACCACUGACAUGCCCAUCAUGCCUGUGUAAAUGCAUGUCCGGUAGUGCAAAUGCAUGUCGGGUAGUGUAUGAGUGACUGGUCACCCAGUUUUACAGUGGCUUGAACAGUCAGUAGCAGCACUUUUUGCCACUGACGUCGUACAAGAACAUUGCUUGUGCAAAGAGAAGCCUCUUCAGUCUAGCAUUGAUUUGCAGUUUUUGUGCGUAACGUUUCUUUGCAGGGUGCCACAAUAGCGAGCGAUGUAAGCAGAAAUCGUGCACAUUUAUUUAUAGGCACCAGUGCCUAGAAAACAAGAAAUUUCUGAGCGCUCUGAAAAUGGCAAAGUCAUUUGGUGUUUCACUGGUGUUUCACUAGCUGGUGGUUUCGCUGCCGAGAGAAAACACCACUGCAGGGCCUGGUGGGGGUGGUACGAGGCGCCAGGUAGGGGCUGCUUGUACAUAUACAUACAUGUUGUAUACAUAUAGGUAGGUGGGUAGCAAUGCGCUUUCCUUUUCUCGUCGUUCUCUUCAGUAACCUACUCACGCAUAAAUAUAUACAAAUGUUCACAGGUGCGGUUUUGCUCAAAAUGGGGUCUCUGGGGGAGAGGAGGCAGACAUGUGACAUGCGAGUUAUUUUAGGCCAAUGGGAAACCAAGGGGCAGUGUAAGGUGCCCCACACCUUCCCUGCCUUCUGCUUUUCAUUUUCCCAAGUGCUGUGUUGUGUUUUUUUUCUUUUUUUUUGCAUAUGUGUGUGCGUGUGAUUGUACAAAGUAGUACCAUGAUGGUGUCACAAAAGCAGACAGAAGGAAGUUGUCUUUGUGAAGUUAACAGUACUGCAGGGGUUCUUGCUACUUUUACUGCGAGAGGAACAGGGAAAGAGAGAAACAAAAAAAACAAGCUGCGAAUACUGAAUUUUGCCCUAUGUCACUUUUUUUCUCGCUGAAGUCCUAUGUUGCACAUCUGGUUUUUGAGAAGUUGUGGAAAAAAGCAAAUUUGUUGUGGACAAUGCUUGUUGUAUGAAAAAAAAAAGAAAAUAACCAUGCAAGUGACGUUGUAAACACAGAUCUAUGCACUGUGUCUGUGUGUGUGUGUGUUGUUUCCAUCUCCAUGUGUGUUUCACCUGUGCACCAUGUGUCCGAGCAGGACCGUGCUUUUGUUGGUUUGUUUUCCUCUCUCCCCACAUGGGAGGAAAAGCGGUUCUGUAAAUAAAUAUUUUGUCACGUAGGAUUCA